AUGCCGCAGCGCCAAGAUCUACUGGAGUCCAACACCGAAUUUGACCCUGAGUCCUCAUCAGAGUCUAAUUCAGAUGACUCAGACGAAGAGCUUGUACAGGUCCGCACCGCAAUUGCACCUGCUUCUGUAGAUGCAAUGCCUCAAGAGCUCCAUCAGUUUGCGAUCACUAAUAGGCUCUCAAGGCCACUCAAAUGUUGUUGUUCAACUUGUGGUAGAUACUGGGAGACUAUGAAGAGGAAUGCCCUGCUUGAGGUGGCAACAUCUAAAGGUUGCAAACGACACAAUCUCACCCCAAACGAUCUUGCGAUGGCAGCCAAGGAAGACACCAUCCGAGCUCUUGGGAGGAAGUACUCCAUCACUCACUGUCUUUGGAUUAACAUCAAGAUCUUCCCGUUGCAUACUUGUCCAGACAUCAAUCUUAACAGCAAGGAGCACUGGAUAAGCGGGGUGUCGAUGGAGGAUGGUGUGAAGGCUGAACUAUUCCAGUUCAUUCCUGCAGAAGAGCAUGAAUUGAUGAAUUAUCAUAGCUUUGGCUCUCAGUUCAGGAGGGGCGUCAGUAAUGCUUGUUCUGAAAUGGCUUCAGAUGUUGGGGCAUGUGCUAAUGCCAUCUUCAGUCUGAGCGCGAACAUCUUCAUAUGGGGCUACAAACGACAUGAAAACCCUGGAUGUCGUGCGCUUUUACUGAGCCCCCAUGGUGACUAUACAAAGUUUGCGCUGGUGCUGUUUCCUACACCUGAAAGGCCGGUACCAAAUGAGAUGCUCAAAUCAGCAAAGCUGGUGCAAGUGUUGAAAGUAUUGCUCUUUGGCAAAUCAUCUUUGGCUGCCACAGGUGCUGCAUCUUCUAGGACGAAGGCUAAGAUCUGGAAAUUACGAGCCACAAUAUCAGGUAUGAUUGCUGCUGCUGCUGUCGCAAUAUUCCUACUUUCCGGUGACACAGAACUGACUGAGAUUGGGGAGACCACUAAGAUACCAUAUCAUGAAUACCACAACUUCUUCCAUCAACGCCUACUCACUGGUGGCCCCUGUGCACACCAGGUGCUCUUAUUCUUCAAUGAUGCUCUCUUCUCAACUUCAUCCUCUGUCCCUCCUUCUGCCCAUGACGAUGGACCGGGCCACAUGUAUGAAGAAGAGUUCGAGCGUGCCAUGGAACAGGAGCUUGAAGGCCCAGUCUUCAAUGCAGAUCGUUGGAUGAUGUCCGACUACCGACUACGAGCCAGGACCCCUGGCACUCCCGACCUGAUCCGUCCUGCUGGAGCACCCCACUCCACCGCACCUCUGAAUCAUCCUCCUGCAGCUCUGACUGUCAAUGCAGCGGCGGCUCCCACUAUUGUAGAUCCACCUGUUUCAGCUCCCCCUGUUCCAGCCCCCCCUGUUCCAGCUCCUUCAGAGUCUAUAUCUACCGCGAUGGGGGACCUUAAUCUGGGGAAUCAAGAUGUUCGUCUUGGAAUUGAACAUUUAAGUCCUGUGGAAAUCAAUAAUGCGCACCCAAAACCAAAACCAAAGCCCCGGCGCAAAGCCCAGACAGCUGAUAAUCUUGUCAUAGCCAAAGGUUCCACUGUGGAUUCUACUCAUUCAGCUGUCGGGAGCGUCAACGCUCAGACUACACAGAGGUCUGGCCGAAAGGCCAAAUAG